UUACGCGAAGACCAAAACUUUGGCCUCGCCUGUCUUUCAUCCAACUCCCCGGCCCCCUCUACUCCGAAUCCGAGCAUUUCAUCCAAUCUCCAGCAGUAGGAAUCCCACGAUCCCUCACGAUUCCGAACUAGGUGGAUUUCAUAGGUUUGGGGCAAACUUCCCAUGCUUAAUCUCUAUUUCCAGCUGUCUUUUCUUUUAUAUUGCAUUUUGCUGGCUCGUCAAAGCAUCUUCAUUGACUGCUUGCCUCAUGAUCAAGGACAGGAUAUUCAAGUAUUGAAUGUCGGCAAGGAACUCGUGAGGCAAGUUCUACCGUUGAAGAUGGGCCAAGGCGUGUACAACAUACAUGGUCUUAAAGAAACUCAUUGGUACGAAGUCAAGAUAUCAUAUCCAGCUUCCAUACCUGCUAGCUUCUCCCUUCAAGUGAAGAGCAAUGUGAGAGACCUUUGGUUAAGGAAGAAUAGAAGACUAUUAGACACUGAGAAACUAAUUUUCAAGUCUGAUAUGAGUACAUUGGAUUCAGGACUUGGAGAGAUGUACAUUGUUGUGACUGUGGAACCUGCGGGAAUUGUUGCAAAGCCAGGUGUUCGGGAAAGUGAAUUUGUCUUAUUUAACAUUGUGUGUGAUGAACUGUCACUUGGGAUUCCACAUAAAGCCUGGUGGGUAGGCACUGCAGCUAUUCUAUGUUUGAUACUAGCAUCAAUCAUUCCAUACUUCCUCCCAUUACAGCGGCUGCUGAAUAUUCAAGCUUCACAUUCUAGCUACUCAACCGAGACAAAAGCUUCAUGAAAUUCUAGUCUGGCACGAUGACAUUGCAAAGCUAAGGAGGGUCUCCCUGUUUCUUCAUUGACCAUGUCACGGAAGCAGCGUGUCAUAGCCAAGACACAAGAAAGUGCGCCCAGCUUGUUGACAUAAAACAACUUUGUUUUGAAAUUCUCAUGGUCUGGGUAUCAUGAAGUGUGAUUUCGAAAUAUGUAAAAUGAGAUCUCGGCUCGUUGAUGAAAAUGUCCUUGAUUUCUUUCUUGCUUUAUCUCCUAGACUCCUACUUUAACAAAGCUACAAUGUUAUUUGAGGGUAUGCGUACGAAAGAUAAAACAGUUUUUAUGUGUUUU